UGACCACCGGGCCGAAGUGACUAUUGAACUGUGUGAUUACGGUUGAUUAUUUCGAUAAAGGCGCGUGAUUAACUAAUCGAGCGAAGAGCUUCCGGUGAUGUGCGAAAACCCAUGAAUCCAUAAAUUAGUGAAAUUGAUAUUGCGACAUCAUUCAUACGCUUUGCCGAAAAAAGAAGGAUUCGAACUAAGAGACGAUGUGUCGUGUGGGACUGUUGCUAGCAGCGUUUGUGAUUGGACUGUGUCAGGCUAGAACACUGCCGAAUCGUAGCAAACAAGUGAAAGCAUACGCGUACGUGCUACCAGCCGGUGCCGAAGAGAUACGUGAUGACAUUAACCAUUCAUUUGUAUGUGCGAAUCGAACCGACGGAUUCUACGUUGACAUUGAUAAUGACUGUCAGAUUUUCCAUCGAUGCCAGGACCGAGCCCGUUUCAGUUUCAUUUGUGCUGAGAAGACCGUUUUCAGCCAAAUGUAUCAAACCUGCGUUCACGAAGGACAACUAGGAUUCCCAUGUGAAGACUCCGGUAUGUUCUUCCCGGAUGCCGAAGAAACUAUCGCAACGAAUUCAGAAGUAGAAACAGAAUCUUCCAAUGAAGGAGAUAAUAGUUCAAACGAGGAACAACCGGCAGCGGAACCGAACUCCGCUGCGUUUCUGAUGCCUUCUCAAGUAUUGUUACCGCCUGAAGACGAAACUAUCAUGGAUGCUGCCAGUGUUGAAGAGAAAAUAAUCGGGUCUGUAGUACCAAUGCCCAUCAGUGACAACUACAUCAACAUGUUCGAUCACCAGCAGGUUAACGAUGAUAAUUUUGAUCCUGUCGAAGAAGAGGAAUCAGACGUUGCUAUAGAAACGCAGAAUGAACAAGCAGAUGCGGAAGUUUCAGAAACUGUACAUCACGAAUCUAUUUACAGCACACAGGAAACAGAUUCCAACAACGAAAGAAACGUUUACGAUGAUUUACCAAAUAUGGUGUCAACAAAUGUAGCAGAAGAACUUUCAGCUGAAACUCACGAUGCCCCUGCCGAACACCUCGAAACUCAGAAUGUCGUAGACGGCACUUAUGAGCAAUCUGAACCACAAACCAUAGCUUCUAAUGAACAAUCGGAAGUGCAACUGCAGAUUCUCCAUGAUGUACAGGGAGUCGAAGAAUCGGAGCCCGUUGUUCUGGAUAUUCAGGAUCAACACCAGCAACCGCAUAUUUUCUCAGAUGAACAUGACUCGGAAGUGCUAGAACCAAUCACACUAAACGAUGGAGGCAAAGAAUCUGAUUCAAAUUUAAUUCAAAGUGGAACUACAGAUAGCCAAUACAAUAAUGAUAAGCUAGCCCUGGAAAUCCAACAACAGUUGCCUGUAAGUGAUGAAGUACUCGUUCCAACUUCAGACAACGUUGCUGCUGAAAUUGAGUUGAGUGACGAUGUCCAGGAAGAGAGUGAACAAAAAAUAAGUGACACAACCGUGACAGAAAACCAUGUCGACGCAGAUGACCCAGCGCAAGUGCCGGUUGCUCCAGACGUGGUUGCGGCAGAGACGAUUGCCGAUGAGCUAAAACCUGCCGAUGAGCUGAAACCUGUCGAUGACCAAAGUCAAACAGUGAUAGAAGACGCUCACCCGCUGAGUGCCACCCUUGCCAAUCAGUUAGUGGAUCAUUCUAGUCGGAUCGACUUGCCAGAGUUCAUUGUUUCGACAGUAGCCGAUCUUAGGAGGGGUGUUGUGCCACCAGCACUGAGGAGGCGAAAAACCUUCCUAUUUAAAGCGGACGCAGUCCCAUCGUGAGUACAGGAUGGCAAGUGGGAAAUGGAUGAAUACGGAUGGUUCCUUUUCGCUGGACGCAACGAAUAACCGUCCACGCUCUGGUAGCACACGCUGACAUUGUUGUAGUUUUAGUUAAAUUAAUUUAUUUGCGAGUGAAUGGAAAACGAAAACGAGAAAAUAAAGUCUGGAAACUGUUUUA